AUUCAUUAUUACUUCUUAUCUACUUGACACUUCAUCGUGUUCGAAAUUGCAGCACCAAUGGCCACCUUAGAAUCAGCCAUAACUGUAUUCGCACCUCAACGUUUUCCAAAUAACUACCGUUUCCUCGUUAAAUCACCCGAUUCUGUCAAACUCUCAACCACUUCAUUCUCUUCUUCUAUAUUCUCUCAUAGCCACAAUAAACUUCACUUAUCUUCUUUCAGAACCCGAACACCAUGCUUCGCUUUACAAGAGGUAACAGAAGCAACAAUUGAAGAUGAAAAAAUAGAAGAAACAGAGACAUUAAACAUCGAUAAGAAGAAGAUUGCUGUAUUUAACUUACCUUGGUCACAGUCUGCGGCAGACAUUAAGGAACUCUUCGCGGAAUGUGGAACCGUAACCGACGUUAAGGUUAUAAAAGGAAAAGAUAGAAAGGGCAAAGGUUAUGCAUUUGUUACUAUGGAUUCUGCAGAAGAGGCUCAGGCUGCUGUUGAUCAAUUUAAUGCUCGUGAAAUAUCAGGCCGGAUAAUAAGGGUAGAGUUUGCAAGGAGUUUAAAGAAACCUUCUCCUUCACCUCCUCCAGGCACCCCUCCAAGUCCCGCUCCUAUCGAAGCACGUUUUGUAAUUUAUACAUCCAAUCUUGCAUGGAAAGCAAGAUCUACACAUCUUAGAGACAUCUUCGCCGAGAAUUUCAAAGCACCAGUUUCAGCCAGGGUCGUCUUUCAAACCCCUGCUGGCAGAUCUGCCGGGUAUGGAUUCGUUUCUUAUCACACGGUGGAGGAAGCAGAGGCUGCCAUUUCUGCCUUGGAAGGGAAGGAGUUACUAGGACGACCACUUCGUGUAAAAAUAAGUGAAAAGAAAGUUAAAGAAGCUAGUAAUGAAGAAGGUGAAAAACAAGAUGCUGAUGCUCAAGUAGAAGGUGAAAACCAAAAUGCUGAUGCUCAAGUAGAAGUUGAAAACCAAAAUGCUGAUGCUCAACUAGAAGGUGAAAACCAAAAUGCUGAUACUCAACUAGAAGAAUCAUAAAUCCUAACUUUCCUUCUACUGAUUUUUGGACAUGGUUAUGGUAUGUGGAUUGAGCAGUAACCUCUACAAGCAGAUACCAAGGACGAUUUCUUGCAUUCACAUUCUUUUUGAACUAGGUUGAGUUUGACACAUCUUUAAAUUGUGCAAUAUUUAAGAUUAUUUUCAAUAUAGUUUUCCUAAUAAGUCUCAAGUCUGAUUUUC